AUGUUCAAGAAGUUCUCUUCUGAGGAUGUGUCUGCACAAAAUCAAGUGAAGGCAUCUGUGCAACGGAAAAUCCGACAAAGCAUAGUAGAAGAGUACCCAGGACUUGAACUUGUUUUGGAUGAUUUGCUGCCAAAGAAGUCCCCUCUCAUUGUUGUCAAAUGUCAAAACCAUCUGAAUCUAGUCGUGGUGAAUGAUGUUCCACUGUUUUUCAACUUACGCGAUGGACCUUACAUGCCUACCCUACGACUUCUUCAUCAGUGUAAAGUAUUUUAUUGUUUUACAGGAUAUGUUAUGUUGUGCAUCAAGGUUUUUAGGUUCGUGGCAUGUUAUGCAUUUACUAUAUAA